AUGUAUGGCGAUCACCUUCUGCAGUCCAAAUUCGUCAUUCCCAAAGACAAUGGAUCCAUAUACGAUAUGUGCGAUUAUUGCACAACAAACAACACCUUUUUGAUGGAUAACCUUUGUCCUGGAGGACAGUGCCCAGCUGAUUUUCUUUCAAAAACAAUAUCGUGCAUCAAUGGUUUUCCUGGUUUCAAAAGCAGCGCUUUCGUGGAUAACUUGGGAUCGCAGUACAUUGACCAGUUUCACGCAACAGUUGAAGAUAAAGCAGACAUCAAUCGUGAUGUUUUCCAGGAUGUGAAAACAUCGUUUUGGGUACUGCUAGCCAUCUAUUUCCCGGCUGUCACUGGAAUCUUCACAGGAGCCAACAUGAGCGGAGAUUUGAAAAAUCCUCAACAGUCAAUCCCUAGAGGCACCAUUGCUGCCACCCUCACUACGUCGUUCAUUUACUUUUCGUUGGCAUUCGUUUUUGGAGCUACCAUUGACGGCAGUGUGCUGAGAGACAAGAAUGGCCAGUCAUUGGGUGGUUCUAUGGUAGUGGCCUCUUUAUCAUGGCCUAGCGCUUGGGUUCUUUUGAUUGGGUCCUUUUUAUCCACAUUCGGAGCUGCUCUACAAUGUCUUUGCUCGGCUCCUCGUCUUCUUCAGAGUAUCGCCAAGGAUGACGUCAUUCCUAUUCUUAGACCCUUCAAAAAGGUCACGAAAAACAAUGAACCAUUCUUAGGCCUCAUUAUUACAACAGUAAUAGCAGAACUGGCCAUUCUUAUGGGUGCUAUGGAUAGCAUUGCUGCCGUAGUAGACUUCUUCUUUUUAAUGUGCUACGCUUUUGUGAACAUAAUUUGCACGCUUCAUUCUCUUCUCGGUGCACCAAACUGGCGUCCAAGAUUCAAAUAUUAUCACUGGUCUUUGUCACUCCUUGGUGCCGGUCUUUGCUUCUUCAUCAUGUUCUCAACUCAUUGGGACUAUGCCCUCGUGUCCAUAUUCCUAUGCGUUUUAAUCUACAAAUACGUCGAAUGGAAGGGUGCAAAGAAGGAAUGGGGAGAUGGUAUUCGUGGUUUGGCUCUCACAACGGCACAGUACUCUCUGAUGAAGAUUGAAGACAAAGACCCACAUCCCAAAAACUGGAGACCUCAACUUCUCCUACUUUUCUCAAUGCCUUGGGCCAGAGAAUUAGUUGAUGUGCGAUAUCUUAACCUUCUCAAUCUAGCCUCUCAGCUCAAAGCUGGAAAGGGGCUCACUGUCGUCACUUCCUUCUUGAGAGGAAGCCUCAACAGUCCAGACGAUAGAAAACGAGCAGAGCAGAUCAAAUCUCGUAUGGACUUCGACAUGAAUCAGGUUCGGUUACGCGGUUUCGCCAAAACCCUUGUUCAUGAAGAGAAUCAGAUUGCUGGCUCGAUGUCAACGCUCAUUCAAUCAGUGGGAUUAGGCGGUCUCAAACCGAACACUGUGUUGGUCUCAUGGCCAGUACAUGAACGUGGAUCUUCAGAAAGCGCCGAUUCUGAGUACAACACAUUUGCAGAUAAACUGCAUGCUGCCUGCGCUAUGGACAUGUGUCUAUUGGUAGCCAAAGGAAUCAUCGACUUCCCUUCGAGCUCUUUCAAAUUGACUGGUUUCAUUGACGUGUACUGGAUUGUUCAAGAUGGAGGACUCUGCCUACUUAUCGCAUACCUUCUCAAACAACAUAAGGUCUGGCGAGGAUGCAAACUACGGAUUAUUGCCAUCGCUCAGGAGAACGAUAACAAUCUUAAGAUGCAGACCGAACUGCAGCAAUACGUCUACCAGUUGAGAAUCGAUGCGAAAAUAUUGAUCGUCGAGCUCGCUGACCCUGAAAUUUCCAAGAAUGCCUUUGAGCGCACUCUCCUCAUGGAGGAACGUACAAUGGUUCUCAAGCAGAUGCAGGAAUCAAGGGGUGGAAACAACGCUCCAGCACGUGAAAUCUCGCCACUUGUUACCGCUGAGCGGAAGACAGCUGUCUCAGCAACUAAAUCAGGUGAAGGCAAUGGAGACACAAAUACAGGCGCUGGAAACGACGUACAUACAGACAAAUCUCCGGACGAGGAGCACACCAAUGAUGAUUCAAAGAAGGAAAAAUCGAAGAAGGAGAAACUACUAGCGCUGGAUCGAACGAAGGUCCACAAAAUGCACACUGCUGUUCGACUGAAUGAGUUGAUUGUCGAACAUUCUCUCAACAGUCAGCUUGUCCUUCUGAAUUUGCCCAAACCGCCGCGAGGGAAGGAAGGACUCGACGACUAUAUCCAUUAUCUGGAAGUUCUAUCGGACAAGAUCAACCGAGUUAUUUUCGUGCGUGGUACAGGAAAAGAAGUCAUAACGACCCACUCGUAG